AAGGCCGCACCCGCGCCACCCUCCACCACCACCGCGGCCGACGCCACAUCACACGCACAGCUCCCGCGAGUACGAAACACGCACUACCAAUGAUGCCCAGUUGCCCACUGCUACUUGAGAGAGCUCGCAACUCGCAAGCAGCGUGCAGCGAAGCGACGACUUGCUCUCGUGAAACUUGGGUUGGGAGCAACCGAGCAAAGCAAGCGGCCGAGCGGGCUGUGGUAUGGGGUUCCACCUGGUGGCGAUCGUGGCGGCGAGGGGGUUCCUCCACCUGUUCCACCUCUCGGCGCCGCUGCUGUGGCCGCUCAACCUCUGGCUGCCGCUCCCGCGCCACCUGCCCGCCGCCUGCGCCGCGCUCUACGGCGGGGUUGUCUUCCACGCCGCCUUGCUGCGCCGCGCCUACGCGCGCCGGGGCGGCGGCGGCAACGUCUGGAGCCGAAGCAUCCGCGGCGGCGACGGCGGCGGCGGAGAGGCGGACGAGCUCCUCCGCCAGGCGCUGCUCAGCAUCUCCUACUGAAAAGCUGACGAACUGCUAUUGCUUCUCUCUUCUUCUUCUUGGUUUUUUUUUUUUUUGGGUUCAUUCUUUUUUUGUUUCUUGAUGCUCUGCUCUUGGUGUUCCACGUGGCGACACCAUUGCGAGGUUCACCGUAUCAGGUUCAGGGCUGGUUGUAAGUUGUAACCGCGUGAUUUUGUGUAAAUACAAGUGAAAUACGGCCAGAAAA